AUGCGACAACGUCGCGGCUGCACCUUUGGCAAGCGUACUUGGGCGGUCUCCGCCGUCGGCUACAUCGCCGGCCUCGCGCCAAGCCUGCCUCGCAUGAGCAUGGCGAGUCAUCGUCUUUCCCGUUCGCCAUCCGCAAGUUUGUUCGGAAUGCUCGCUCGCGUCGAUUCGACGCUCAUCUGCCCGAGAGGGAUGAUCUACUCGGCGCGCGAGCGGAGAGGUGCCUCGCCCCUGCCCUUCAUCACCAUCACCGCAAGCAUCAUCAUGAUGACUGUCCUCGUCGCAGCAGGGCCUCAGCCGCCCUGGCUCUCGGCACCCCGAGUCCCUCCGUCCUCCCCCCCGUCGAUUCCUCCCGCCUUCGUGACGCCCGAUCCUCUCCACCGACUUCCUCGCUGCGGGAUGUCGGCCGAUGCGGUCGUCGCGGCGGACGGCGUGAGCGUCGCGUACCCCGGCACGUACGGCCUCCACGGGUGCGACCCGCACGACAGCGGGCUCGAGCCGUCCUGCAACUCGCCCGGCUACCCCGUCCGGUGCGAGCACGAGUGGUGCUACGUCGACCCGGCCGCGUGCAACGCCGAGUACAGCACGACCGCGUACGUGGUGGGCGCCACCCCGCACUACUUGAGCCGUGCGUGCGGCUUCAGCAACGAGUUCGAGAGCUGGUUCUACCAGCCGCCGCCGCCGCCGCCGCCGCCGCCGCCGCCGCCGCCCUCGCCGCCGCUCGACUGCCCGUGCCUCACCGCCUACCCGGCCGGCGUCAGCCUCGUGAGCGGCGAGGUGCAGGUCGUCGCGGCGGACGGCGUGAGCGUCGCGUACCCCGGCACGUACGGCCUCCACGGGUGCGACCCGCACGACAGCGGGCUCGAGCCGUCCUGCAACUCGCCCGGCUACCCCGGCUGGUGCGAGCACGAGUGGUGCUACGUCGACCCGGCCGCGUGCAACACCGAGUACAGCACGACCGCGUACGUGGUGGGCGCCACCCCGCACUACUUGUGCCCCGCCGAUGCCGCCACCGCCGCCGCCGCCGCCGCCCUCGCCGCCGCCCUCGCCUCCGCCGCCCUCGCGUCGCCGUCGCCGCCGCCUUCGCCGCCGCUCGUCUGCCCGUGCCUCACCGCCUACCCGGCCGGCGUCAGCCUCGUGAGCGCCGAGGUGCAGGUCGCGGCGGACGGCGUGAGCCUCGCGUACCCCGGCACGUACUGCCUCCACUGGUGCGACCCGCACGACAGCAGGCUCGAGCCGUCCUGCGACUCGACCUGCUACCCCGGCUGGUGCGAGCACGAGUGGUGCUACGUCGACCCGGCCGCGUGCAACACCGGGUACAGCACGACCGCGUACGUGGUGGGCGCCACCCCGCACUACUUGUGCCCCGCCGAUGCCGCCGCCACCGCCGCCGCCGCCGCCCUCGCCGCCGCCCUCGCCGCCGCCCUCGCCUCCGCCGCCCUCGCGUCGCCGUCGCCGCCGCCCUCGCCGCCGCUCGUCUGCCCGUGCCUCACCGCCUACCCGGCCGGCGUCAGCCUCGUGAGCGCCGAGGUGCAUGUCGUCGCGGCGGACGGCGUGAGCGUCGCGUACCCCGGCACGUACUGCCUCCAUGGGCGCGACCCGCACGACAGCAGGCUCGAGCCGUCCUACAACUCGACCUGCUACCCCGGCUGGUGCGAGCACGAGUGGUGCUACGUCGACCCGGCCGCGUGCAACACCGAGUACAGCACGACCGCGUACGUGGUGGGCGCCACCCCGCACUACUUGUGCCGUGCGUGCGGCUUCAGCAACGAGUUCGAGAGCUGCCUCGUGAGCGCCGAGGUGCAUGUCGUCGCGGCGGACGGCGUGAGCCUCGCGUACCCCGGCACGUACUGCCUCCAUGGGCGCGACCCGCACGACAGCAGGCUCGAGCCGUCCUACAACUCGCCACCGCUGCCGCAGCCACCGACCUCGCCUCCGCCGUCGCCGCCGUCGCCUCCGCCACCCCAGGUGCGAAUCAAAUCGAUCAACAUCAUGUCAGAGAACGAAACAGUGAAGGUCGGCAUCUUGCCGGUCGAAGACGGCCUUAUCAAGGCGGUCGUCUUCUCCGCGUCGAAGCCGCCUUCGCUCCUCGGAGACAAGGCGGCGUACGGCGCCAAGAACGACGUGAAGGGCGCCAAGUCUGACGCGGAGGCCGUCCUCGACGAGAGCGUCCUCAAGAAAGACCUGGCCGCGGCAACGGCGCCCGCCGCGGAGGUCGAGUCGGACCUGGCCAAGGCCAUGUUUGCCGCACAGAAGCCGAGCGCGAGCGCCGUUUUCUGGUCGAUGUCCAAGUUUGCGCGCCCGACCGACCCGACGACGGACCCCAACGGCGUCACCACAAACGCGCCGGCUCUCAAGCCGGUCACCGAAGACGCGCCGGCUCUCGAGCCGGUCGCCGCCAGCGGCACGCCGCUGCCGUCGAGCGAGGAGGGCAACGCCGACUGGACCGUCUCGGCCAAGGACUCUCCGCCAGCGGAGAAGCUCGCCCCGGCGGGCAUCGACGAGUGGAAGACCGCCUCCCCGCUCCGCAAGCUCGAGCGCAAAGGCGAGCCCAACCUGGUCGACUGCUCCAAGAACACCACCCCGAUUGACCCACCGACGGCUCCCAAUGGCGUCACCAAAAGCGCCCCGGCUCUCACGCCAGUGGCCGCGCCGCUGCCGUCGAGCGAGGAGGGCGACGCCGACUGGACCGUCUCGGCCAAGGAGUCUCCGCCAGCGGAGAAGCUCGCCCCGGCGGGCAUCCCCGACUGGACCACCCCGUCGAACCCGCGCCGCAAGAAGGGGCGCAAGGGCGCGUCUGCCCCGAUCGUCCGCACCAAGAGCAUCGCCCCGGUCGGCGGCAACAACCGGUUCGCGGCCCUGCUCGGAACGAACGGCAACGAGGGCAUCCUCGGUGGCACCGGCAAGGGCGCGACGGCCGAUUUCGAGACGACCAUGAUUACCACGCCGGAGGGCUCCGUCUCUGCCUCCGGCUGGUUCUCUUGGCCCAAGUUCUGCCCGACCUACUUGCUCCGCCUCUUUGGCAUCCUCGCGCUGCUCUGCCUUGGAACCGCGUUUGCGCUCUCCUCGUACUCUGCCACCUCCGCGCUUCUCUCCUCGCAGUGGCACGAGUCCCCGACUUCCUUUCCCGCAGUCACAACGCCGAUCGCGCCGGCAUCGCUCAACGGCUUCUGCGAGAUUGGCGGCGACGACACCAGCAGCUCGUUUGCUGCCAUCGCCUCUUCGGACAGCGUGCCCGCCGACCACCCGGGCGGACGCGACGAGGGGCGCUUGCUGGAAGGACUGCUGGAAGACGUCAAAGAGGCGGUGGGCGAGCCGUUGCACCUGAUUGGCGAGCCGCCGGCGUCCAUCAUCAAGGACGUUUACGAGAAGCAGCCGGGCGAGGCCGACUUGGAGACCGUCCUAGCCUCGCGCAACAGCACGGAGCGCAAGGGCGAGCCCGAGAUCGACUUUGUCGGUCCCGUCUACAGCAACAGGACGGGGAUCAUCGCUCGGGGGCGCGACACCGUCCUGCCCGUGAACGACACGUCGCCCAAGUUGCGGCCCGCCGACGCUGGGAAGCCCGGGAUCAAGGUGCGGAAGCUGGUUGAGGCUGGCCUCGCUGGGGCCUCCGUGCUGCUCGGGCGGCUCGUCUCGCAAGCCGGCAUGACCGCCACCCUCGUCCACGUGGGCGCCGGCGCUCUGCUCGUCAGCAACGCGGCUGCGUCUCCUGCGGAUCCUACCCCCGCUCCGCCGCCGCCGCCGCCGCCCCCUCCCCUCUUCCUCGACCAAACCCCAUCCGCAGACGGCCGCCGCCGCUUCCCGCUGCCGGCCGUCCGCCCCAACGGCGCGUACAACGGCUACGCGGCUCGCGUCUCGCUCUCGCCGCCCUACUACGCUGGCAGCUUCGGGCAGGCUGGCUGUCCCAGUGGCCAGCAGAUCACGACUUGGUCCGAGUGCGCUGCGGCUAUAGAUUCGCUCGGCACGCUCGAGGUCACGGCCGACACCACGCUCAACACUGACCAGCACCCGUACGGCUUAUACUUCUAUCAGUCCAUCCGGAUUGCCGCCGGCGCGACCCUUAGCGCCACCGGCUCCAACCCGCUGAUCCUCGUCGCUGACACAGUUGUCGACAUCCAAGGCACCAUCGACACGUCGGGUGGAAAGGGCGGCAAUUCGGCGCCAGGGGACAACCAAGGCACCAAUGACAUGUCGGCGGGUGGCGGCGCGGGUGGCGGCGCCGUCAAGAUCGUGUCGGCGCGGAUCACAGUCGGGUCCAGCGGCGCCAUCCGCGCCGACGGCGGCGACGGCGGCGACGCGGGCGGCCCGGGCCAAAGCUUCACGGCGUGGUGGUUCACCCCUGGCGACGGCGCGGCCGGCGUGGGCGUGGCAGGAGGAUAUGAUGGCGGCGCUGGUGUGGGCUCGAGCAAAGCUGGCAAACCAGGUAGCGGACCAGGCGCGUCGGCAGGAGGUCAGUAUCACACUGGCGUGCCGCCGGGCGCCGGCGGCGCGGGCCACGCGUUUGCAGGUACCGAUGGCUUCGGGGAGUACUCUGGCAUCAGGCCGCCGGGCGGCCCAGCCUACGGAGACGCCGAGCUGUCUGGCGGCCUCCAGGGCGGCAGCGGUGCGGGCAGUGGCGCCAACGACCCCGACAACGAGGAGGGCGCAGGAGGCGGUGGAUCGGGCGGCACGAUCUAUCUCGUGGCGCCGACGCUGCAGAUCCAAGGAGUCGUGUCGGUGGCGGGCGGCUUGGGCGGCCGCGACGACUACCACUACAACGGGGAGGCCGACCGAGAGGGCUACAACAACGGCGGGCCGGGCUCGGUCGGCCGCAUCCGUCUCGACUACGAAACAUUCACCCAUGGAACCGCGGCGCCCGCCUAUUACCAAGGCGAACUUGGUGAUUUGAGCAACUUCUGCACGCCAUCGCCACAGUCACCGCCGUCCUCGCCGUCGCCGCCGGCGCAGCCGCCGCUCUCUCCGCCGCCCCUGUUGCCACCUCCCUCUCCGCUGUCGCCGCCCUUCCUGCCGCCGCCGCCCUCUCCGCCGCCUCUUACACCCGACAUGGUGCAGCUGGGCUGCGAUUUCGAGGUCGACACCUGCAUCUGGAACGACACCGCGCCGGACGGGUUCAGUUGGACACGCACCAACGGCGGCACUCCAUCGUCCAACACAGGCCCGAGCGGCGACCACACCACUGGCUCGGGCGCCUACCUCUUCACCGAGGCCUCGUCUGGACGCUCCAACAAGCUGCACCAGCUCGAGAGCCCGCGCUUCUCGCUCCAGCAGGACGCCACCCUUUCCUUCUUCUACCACAUGCUCGGCUCAUCCAUGGGCACGCUCUCCAUCGAGGCAAACGACAACGAGACGGGCUGGUCGACGCUCUGGAGCAAGAACGGCGACCAGGGCGACGCCUGGCUCGACGCGGCGGUCGUUCUGCCCGCGUCCACGAUCAAGAGCGGCGGCGUCGUCGCCAUGUCUUACAGCGGCGCGGUCUCGCUCAUCGGCUCGUUCGUGUCGGGCUGCUCGGCUACCCAGCACGGCGGCGUCGUCUUCAUGUCGUACAGCGGUGCGGUCUUGCUAGCCGGCUCGACCGUGAGCGGCUGCUCGGCUGACAGGUUCGGCGGCGUCAUCUACACGGGUGAGAGCGGUGCGGUCUCGUUGCGGGAAUCGACAGUUACUGGAUGUUCGGCUGCCAGGGAGGGCGGCGUCGUCUGGACUGACGGUGGUCAAACGGGGAUCGGCUACCUCUCCAUCGCGGGUGUCGCUUUCAUCGACAACUCGGCUCCGGCCUACUCGGUGCUGUACCUGUCCCGCCUCCUCCAUAAAAGCUCCUUCAGUAACGCCUCCUUCAUCGGCAACACCGCCGACGACGACUUGACGAUAGGGACUAGCGCCGGGUUUGGAAAGGGCUCUGAGAUAGACUGGGACUGCCACUUGGGCCGCUGGAUGCCGAACAAGGGCAGCUUGUUCGCCAGCUUCAGCGCCCCUGAGUGCUACCUUUGCCCUGCUGGCAACUACGGAGCAACGAGCGGCCUCACCAACUCCUCCUGCAGCGGCCAGAUGGUGGAGGCGGGCUCGGACGCGUACUGCGCUUCGGACUUCAAAGGGCCCGAGUGCCGGCUCUGCGCUGCGCCAGACCACCACCUCGUCGACGGUGACACCUGCGAAGUAUGCGCUCCGCGCGCCGCCGCUGUGGGCCGCAUCGUAGGCCUCGUCCUCGGCCUCUGCGUCGCGUGCGGCUUGGCGGCUUGGGCCUACCACAUGCCGUGGCGGAAGAAGCGCAUCAUCGGCUGUCUCCUCCGCUUUGCAGACCGCUCCGUCAAGUACUACGUCGGGGUCGGAAUGACGGCCAAGGUCAAAAUCCUGUUCGGCUUUUACCAGAUCAGCACCGUAUUGUCCUCCACCUACUCCGCGCGGCUGCCAAACAAGUACACGGGCUGGACGGACAACUUGGCCAACGUGAUCUCCGUCGACUGGUCUGGCUUUUUCCUGCCGGAGCAGUGCCUCGGCUACGCUCUGCGGCUCCUCGCCAUCGCCCUCUCCCCCGUCGCCCUCAUCGCCCUGCUAAUGGUUGCGGGAAUAAGUCUGCGGCUCCACGGCUGGCGUGCUGCCCCGCCGCCGCGCGAGAGAGCGUGGUACGCGGAGGCGGCCCUCGGCCUCCUCGACCUCACGCCGGCCGGCUUGGCCUACACCAUCUCUCCGCCAAACGAGCCCCUGCGGCAGGUCUCCUACAUGCGGCAGGACGCGAGCGUCGAGUGCGGCUCCGACGAUCACGGACCCAUCACCGGCCUCGCCAUCGGCUUCAUCGCCCUCUGGCCCGCCGGCUCGCUGGUCCUCUUCACGUCGCUCCUCGCCGCUUGCUACAAGCCGCUGCAGGCCAAGACGCCGAAUGCUCUGACGCGGGCCACCGCCUUCCUCCACCGGGAGUACGAACAAAAUUGGUACUGGUGGGAGGCGGUCGAGCUGGCGCGCAAGCUCGUGCUGACCGGUUUCGUGCUUCUGAUACCGGAGGAGCGAGCCUUUGUUCGCCUGGUGGUGGCGACCCUAGUCUGCUCAUGCUACGCCGUCGCGCUCGCCGUCGUGCGGCCGUACAAGCGGGUCGAGGACAACGUCAUCGCCGUCGCCACGAGCCUCGUGCUCCUCCUGCUCUUCCUCGGCACCAACUGGAGCACCAUCUUCCUCGGCAUCCAGGAGCGCUCCGGGAUCGAUGAUGCCAAUGCAGUCCUCGGCUUCCGCAGCCUCACUGUGAUUGUCGACUCGAUGAUCAUCCUCGUUGCAGUCGUGCUCGCCUUCUUCCUCGUCGGCGCCAUCGUCGCCGCCCGCCGCGUCGCCAAGGUCCCCACGAUCCGCCUCGUCUCGACCAAGCAGCCCCCCGAGAUGAGCAUCGGGACUGGCCUCACGUGGCACCUCUUCAACAGCCACAUCUGGUCGACCGGUCAAGACGCCGUAAAGGUAGAUGAUCUGAAGGAUAUCGGGGCGCUUGAGGAGUACAUCCAACGCUCGCAAGCCAUCCUCUUCUUCCUCUCGCAGGGCUACUUCCGCUCCAAGGCGCGCCUCUCCUUCCCACCCCGCCUCUACCGCCCUCUGGCCGUACCUCCCGCCUCUCCCGUGCCACAGAACUGCCUUCGAGAGAUUCGCUCGUCGCUCGAGAAGGACAAGCCGCUCGUCCUCGUCCAAGAAGCGGACCCUGCAAAGGGCGGCGGGACGCUGCAGGCGCUGCGCGACGAGUGCCCCGAGGACCUGCAGCCGGCCAUCUUUGACGAGGACUGGCCGCUCACGAUCUGGUAUCGCAUCGAGGAGUUUCAGCUCGUCUCCCUCAAGAUCAUCGCCGAGGCGCCGCCGGCCACAGCCAGCCGCUACGCAGUCCUCUCCGUCUCCCGACCGACCCCACUGGAACCACAGGCGGUGCUCCUCUGUUCGCCCAACUUUCUGGACAAGACCUCCCUCCCGCUCUGCGUGUCGGGCGAGCUCGAGAGCGAGUCGCUCGCCUUUUCCAAACCGUGCACGCUCUGGGCCUCGCCUGCCAACGCGGGCGCUCUGGAGCUGGCCACCGAGAUCGCCACCGCCGUUGCCGGUCUCACGAUCUCCACCACUGAUGAUCGACCGGCCAGCGCGACGCACAUGCUGCUCUACCUCAACGAGGAGAGCUUCGUCAGCGACGGGGAGCGGCUGGCCGAGCAGGUCAAGCAGGCGCGCCAGGACAGGCUGAAGAUCGUCAUGGCGCACGAGAACGACCCCGCGCUCGGCGGCUGCCAGUUCUCGAGGUUUUUCGAAGAGCUCAUCGCUGGCGGACUCUACACGGACCUGGCAAAAUCGUGCUUCCCCGGCCGCCACCGCAAGGCGCGCGCCCUCUCUCUCUCACAGCGAGCUCUCCCCCGCAUCGAGCGUUUCGUGAAGAGGGGCGUCCCUGGCAGCACCAGCCUCGCGAAGCGCAGCCUUGGCGGCCUCAGCCGGGUGUUCGCCAAGAUGAGCAGCCGCAGCUCUGCGGAGGCGCGCGACGUCUCUGCAGGCGAGGCGUCGUCGGUGCAGCACCAGGUCUGA